AUGAAGAAAGAAGCCAUUAUAAAGUUCUUUGCCAAACGUCCUUGGAUACAACUUCCAAACAGAGAGAGUCCAAUUCCACGAAUUAUACAAAUUCUCAGAGCACUAUUCCACUUCUCGGGUCAGCCGUUCUACAUAACCUCAGAAGGCGACAUCCAACCAGUUCAGUAA